AGACUCGCGCAUGCGCUGCUCGGAUCGGGCAGCAGGACGAAGAUGGAGCAGAGAGCAGUCAGAGGAGCUUCAUCAGAGCCCAGGCUGAGUUCCGAACAGGGUCCAGAUGUUCCGGUCCUGAUGUUGAAGAGUCCGUGCUGCUAGAACCGGGUCGCAUCUGGACGACCUGCUGCUGUCUACGCAGCUAGUGGAGUUAGCUUAGCAUGCUAGCUGAAACAAGAGUGAAGAGUUGGACGGAGAUUCUGGAGGAAUAAUGUCGUCCGAGCUGCUGCAGGCUGGUACCGGGCCUGAAGACGUCCUGCAGCUGGUCAUUAAAGAAGAGGUUCUACCUGAGCGUGGCUCCAGUCUGGACCAGGAGGAACCAGAACCUCCACACAUUAAAGAGGAACAGGAGGAUCUCUGGACCAAUCAGGAGCAGGAUGACAUCACCAGGUUCACUGUGAAGAGUGAAGAUGAAGAAGACGAGGAACCUCAGCCUCAUCAGAGACAAACUGAACAGAUAGAGAGAGAAGCUGAUGGGGGACCAGAACCAGCCAGGACCUCAGAUCCAGAUGGACAUCUACAACCUGACACUGAUGAGACUGAUGACUCUUCUGAUCCAGAGGCUGAUAAAGCCUCUGAACCUCAGACCGAACGUGCUGCGAGCUCUGAGGACGAGAGGCACCUGCAGGAACCAGACAGAGUCCAAACAGCAGAGAAACCGUUUAUCUGUGCGAUCUGUGGGAAAAGGUUCCCACAGAAGAAAUCCAUCAGGGACCACAUGAGACUUCACUCAGAGGACAAACGCUUCAGCUGCCCCUUCUGUGAAAAAACCUUUCAGGUGAAAAUUGAUGUGGUGCGACACAUGAGGAUCCACACGGGGGAGAAACCCUUCAGCUGCUCCGUCUGCGGCAAAGGCUUCGCACAGAACUCAACUCUGACCUCACACCUGAAGGUCCACACAGGAGAGAAACCGUACACCUGCUCCGUCUGUAAGGUCAGCUUCAGUUUUAAAGGCCACCUGUCUACUCACAUGAGGAUCCACACUGGGGAGAGACCGUUCAACUGCUCCGUGUGUGGGAAAGGAUUCACUGUGAAUGGGAAUCUGAGGAGACACAUGCUCGUCCACACGGGAGAGAAACCGUUCAGCUGCUCUGUCUGUGAGAAAAGAUUUGCUCAGUUCGUUCAGAUCAGAAGACACAAGUGUGCUGGCGCCGUCAGCUCGGAUCAGUGACGCUCUGAGCUCAGAGACUGGACUCGACACUAAAGACUUCAGAACUGUGAAUCCACUUCGUCUCUUUAACUGUGGGUCAGAACCUUCAACACUCAGAUCAGACUGAGGCAGCUCACGAACGAAGAGUCUCACCGGCUCCAGAGAUUGACUGAUUGAUUAAAGAUUGAGAGCUGAUCAAUAUGAAUCAAUGCUAGUUGUAGUUCUCAUAUCAGAUGAAUCAUUUAAGUGUUGAGCUGUGAGACGGGUUGUGAUGUCGCGAUCUGGACUCUAUCGGUCAGGAUGAGUAAAACAUGAACAGUGUUCAAACUGUUGUCUGCAGACAGAUUCUGACUCAGUUCUGAAUUUACUGACCCGUUUCCCUGCAUUAUUUAGAUGUCUGGUGCUGUUAGUGUUGUAAUCCUACUUCACUGGGUCUGUGUCCGGACGGGACAUGUCCCUCUGUCCCUUAGUCUGUAGUAAAUCUACGGUUUGGACCUCAUGGAUUUGUCUCAGAUUUUGAGGUCGGUGAUUGGUUCUGACUCGGUGUGAGAACAGAAUCAAUCAGAUUAUUUAUUUGCAAUGAGAAUAAAAAGAGUUUCAGUCAAUGAUGCUCAUUAAAUGUAGUGGACCAGGUCAGAAUCAGGAAGUACAACAGUCUGUGUACCGUGAAGCUUCACUGUCAGGUCUGUUUACAUCAGCAGCUACAGACAGUCCGGAGGCUCAUCAGAACCAGAACUCAUGCUGCAGUACAACCAACAACCAACUGUCUCUCUUCAGAAUUGCUGCCGGCCCGACUGUUGGUUCAGGUGGACCCACGAGUACAAUGACACUGAACCUCAGCUGAACACUUUUAUACUGAACACCUGAUAAGUUAUACAGUGCAGAUGUUUUAACAAAUCAGCCUCAAAUCUCUCUGCAGUGUUCUGGAAACCAUUAAAGCGGGGCGGCCCAAAGUGAGGCCCAUGGGCUGAACUGGGCCCACCGGAUGGUUCCAUAAAAGAAGGUGAUAGAUAUGAACACUGUUUGUUGCUUUACCAUGUGUGAGGUGAAAUGCUCCUCAGCUAAAGGAUCCACGAUGACUGUCGGUCCGGACCUUUGUGCUUCAGAGACCGGUUCUGUUUGCUGAACACAGGAAAGAACAGAUGUGUAAGGCGGCCCGUCAUCCAGCUCAGGGUUAAUCUCAGUGCUGCACCGUAGACAACUGGACUCAUUCCAGUGUCUUGAAGACGUUUCUCCCCCAGGCAGGAGACAAAGCAGAACAUGGGUCCACAGAAUCUCAACAGAACUCAGGGCUUCUGUGUGGCACCAUGUCGCUGCUCCAGCAUCUCAUCAGCUGCUGACAGACCCGUCCUCCUGCUCCACAUCCACACUGUAAAAAGUAUUUUUAACAUCCUGCUGCUCAUAAAGGAGGAUUUUAACUCAACACUGUAGAGAAUAAAUGUUUUCAAUCCGA